AUGAUUGCUGGAUUGGAUACGUUACUGCUACCAGUAAAUCAUUCGAGGCUGGUAAAUUCAUACGUUCAAGCAAUGAUUACCCUCACGUUUGCUAGCGGUACGCUACCGUUGCAAAAUGGUCCCAAAAUGUUGAAUAUCCUUUCAAUUGGCCUUGGCACCGGAAUUCUCAACAGCUUCUUACACGACAAUUUCAGCAAUUUCAAUAUAACAGUCGUCGAAAUUGACCCGAAAAUAUACGAACUGUCUAAGAAAUAUUUUGGCUUAACCGAGGAUUCGAGGCAACGAGUACUUUUGGCUGAUGCUUUGAAAUAUUUACAGCAGUUGUCAAGUCAGUCAAAAUACGAUGUGAUUUAUAUCGACCCCUGUUACAACAAACAAGUGCAUGGACUGGUGUGUCCCAUUGAAGCGUUUACACAAAAGCGAAAUUUGCAGCUCGCGAAACAAGCCCUGCCCAAAACUGGGGCAUCGAUACCGCGGCGCAUUCUUGUUGCCGAAGGGAAUCGCCCGCCUUUGGCAACAAGAUCAACAUGCAUCAAUCUCAUAAUACCAACAGCAAUAUAA